UCAAUCUAGUCCAAACCCAGAAACCCUGCCAACUUUUAUCAUUUCGACAAUAAUCAGGCAAAAACAGACGAAUUCCAGCUGUCUGCUUCACUCGUCUCCGAAAUUCUAAAUUCGUAAAAAUAGAAAAAAAAAAAAGAGCCAUUCAAAGGGACACCAACAAAUAGGUAGCACUACCAUUUUGCACCUAUAAUGGACAACUUUUUUCCGACUAUGCCACCAAAUAUUUAUCCGCAGUGGAGUGACGCAGGCCAUUCAAGCAGUAGCAAUGGAAGCCUCAUCGAGCCGAAAGUAGACCUGUGCUACCUGAUGAGGUCAUAUCAGUUUCCAUUGCCGCCCAUUCACUCCGAAAGAGAAUUUCCGUGGAGACUCGACAGAUCUCCGCUGUCGGACGACGAGAAACGCGAGCUUACGGACGCUGUUUAUACCAAUACCAUUAUAGAGUAUCAAGAGAACGAAUGACUGAUCCUGAUGCUGAUGAAAAGACUGGCUCGCAAUGCUUUAACCAGAGCUCAGUGAACGUCAGGAUUUAGCUAAAAAUAUUGUUUUAAUAGAGUUCCCACACCUUUCUUCAAUACAAAACUCUUUUUAUGAAUUAGG